AAAAAGGAUUUUGACGCGCAAACGCAGAAAGUCCAAUGGUAAUGCUAGAGCGUGCGCAGUAUCUGCACGCGGUAGAGAGUAUUUUCCUCCCGAGAGCGUUCGCUGGAGGGUGUGAUUGUUAAACGACAGUAGUCUAUACCCUCCUUUAAAGUAAACGAAAAACACCAAAAUAUAUAUAACAUCACAUCGAACUACUCCAACCAUUUAUGCACUGUGACCCGGCUUCUGAACCAAGACCGGUAACUGUAUGCGGGAGUCUAGCUACAUUCGCACCGAUUGAUGCUCGGCUUUAGGUGCAGGUCCCCGACCCGCGCGGUGACUCGGCUCCGCCGUCUGCGCCUGAAGUCGGAGCGCCUGGCGUGCGCAGGUUGGUGCUGCGACGGGAUUCUAGGUUUGUUUUGCGCCGAAUUAUUAUAGUGAGGAGCGGGAAUCGUCCCCGCUCGCCGUGAGCGUUUCAGCGGGAUCCGGGCGUACGGAGCGUAAACAUGGCGGAACCUGAGGAAGCGACGCAUUCUGGGUUUGCCGAUGAGCCAGUGGAGGUUUCUGAGGGAGUCACUCAGCAGGUUUCAGCUGCUGAUGUGACCGAGCGUCGGGCAGAGGAGGACAUGGAUAGCUGUGUGGGGGCCUUGAACUGUGACCCAGGCCUGUCGCAGGAUGUGAGCGAUGAGAAGGAUCAAGAGGAUAAUGAGGCAUGUGAGGAUCACACAGAACCCCUGGGAGAUGAGGAACAGGACGCCGGGAGUGGGUGUGGGGCUGACAUUGGCGAGAGCGCCCCCCUGUGGGAGCUGAAUGGGAGUGGCGGUGAGACGACUGUGGUGGAGCCUAGUAUGGAGGAUGAGGGCCUGGAUGGUGCUGCAGAGGAAGAUUGCCGCAUGGAGGUGAUGCCCGGCAGUGUGGCAGGAUCUCCUCCAGUGGAAAGUCCCUCCAGAAGACAGGAUUCAGAGAAGCAGGGGUUGAAUGGUGCCAACAGCCCACACCCAGCAGUGGGCGCUGAGGAUGUGAACCAGCCACUGUUGGUGGAAGAAGAGAUGGACCUUGUGAUGCAGUCUGUGGAGGGUCCUGAGCAGGCGGAGCAGGAAGCCCCCAGCAGGACCCCUUCCUCCCUCCUCCCUACUUUGGUGCCCAGGAUUGACACCACCGACUGCAGCCUCGGCGGCCCCGCCGUCUCAAACGAAGGCACGAGCAUCACAUCAACUGCUGUUAAGGGGGCCCAGGUUAGCAGAGGCUCUCUAACGGUGACGACGUGGGCCUAUUCUCGGACAAACACUAUAAAUGGGAACGCGGAGAAGCUACAUGAGGUACACACGCCGCCUUUGCAAAUCAAAGACGAGCCGGUGGACGAGGAAUACGACCGCGCUCUCGGAGUGCACCCCCCUGUGGGGGGCAUCAAGGACGAGCCUGAAGUCUCAGAGGAGCUGGGCCUACAGCAGAACUCCGAGGAGCUGCGGAUCAGCGCCGUCUUCUCCGUCAGCGGAAACUCCAACCCCACUGCGCCAGUAUCGACCCAACCCGUGCAGAUGGUGGCCGCCGCCCCUCCCAAGACUCUGAUGGUCACCAUGAGUGCAGCCCCCCCCCUGACGCCUCUGGCUCCCGCAGCCCCGUCCCCCAUGGGCGGAGUGCGCGUCUCUUGCUCGGGGUGCCGGAAGGUUCUGCUGAAGGGCCAGACAGCCUACCAGCGCAAGGGCUCCUCCCAGCUCUUCUGCUCCACCAUGUGCCUCACGGGCUACACCGUCCCAGCUGUCCAGUCUGUGGCCAAGAAGACAUGCCACUCCUGUCAGAAGGAAAUCAAGAACCCAAAGGACGUGAUCAUGGCUCCGGUGGACUCGACGGGCAGCAUGAAGGACUUCUGUAGUCAUAACUGCCUCACCGAGUUUGACGUGCUUAAGAAGGCAGCGGCGUCCACGGUGACCGACGGUUCCACCAUCAAGUGCGGCAUGUGCCAGAAGACCGCCGUGGUGAGGAGAGGCGGGGCUUCACGGAACAUGCUCCAGUUUGAGAUCCGCCACGAGGUGAAAUACCAGGGCGUGGUGCACAAGCUGUGCAGCGAUGCCUGCUUCUCGCGCUUCCGCACCACCCACCGCUUGACCAUGAACUGCUGCGAGAACUGCGGCAGCUACUGCUACAGCGCCAACGGGCAGAGCCACAUGCUGCAGAUAGAGGGCGCCACCAAGAAGUUCUGUAGCCCCAGCUGCAUCACUGCAUUCAAACAGAAGAGUGCCAAGGUGACACCCUGCGCCAUGUGCUUCACACUGCGUUCUUCAGCCGAGAUGGUGGAGAGCGUCAGUAGUCAGGGCCGGACCGAGCUCUUCUGCUCUGCUGGCUGCGUGACGGCCCACAAAGUGAACAACAUCUGCUCCUCCAAGAGGGCGGUCCAGUGUAACCAGUGCAGGGUGACGGCCGUGCCCCAGUAUCACUUGGCCAUGUCUGAUUCGUCUAUGCGCCACUUCUGCUCCUACAACUGCGUCGUGAACUUCCAGACUGUGUUUAACAAAGCGGCCCCACAGUCCCAGCUCAGCGUGGUUCCCCCAGUCACUGCUGUCUCCGGGCCUGCCCCUCCUGCCCCUCAGCCUGUGACACCCACCGUGGUUGCCCCCGAAGCUGGGGUCGCCGGAGCCACUGGCACCGCCGGAGCCAACACCCGUGUGGGGCCCAUCUCUGCUGUCCGCGGGCCGGUGAAACUGACCUGCAGGCACUGCUGUCGGCUCUUUGCCUCCAAGCCGGAACUCUUUGAGUUCAAGGGCGAGGUGGUCCUGUUCUGCGGCAAGACGUGCUCCGAGGAGUUCAAGAAGGUCAACUUCAUCAUGGCGCGCUGCGAGUACUGUAAGAUUGACAAGGUGGUGAAGGAGGUGAAGAGGAUUAACCAGCACGACUGCUCCUUCUGCAGCGAGGGCUGCAAGCUGCUCUACAAGCACGACAUGGCCAAGCGAUGGGGAAAGCACUGUCACGCCUGCGCCUACUGCGGCAACAUGACUCACCGCGUCGUGCACAACCACUUUGCCGGCAAGCUGGAGGAGUUCUGUGGCGACAUCUGCAUGUCUCAGUACACCGUUCUCUUCUACCAGAUGUCCAAGUGCGAUGCGUGCCGGCGUCAGGGCAAGCUGAUCGAGUCGCUGCGCUGGAUGGGUGAGAUGAAGCAUUUCUGCAACCUGCAGUGCCUGCUGCACUUCUGCAGCCAGAGGACUCCCGCAGUGCCGCCUGCCACCGGCGGCGUCGUGGUGUCUGCGCCGUUGCCGGUCGCUGCCCCCGCUGCCCCACCGCCUCCCUCCACCACUGCGUCCACAGCGACCCGCCUGUCUCCUGUGCCCCCGACUGAGGCCACGCCCAUCAUCGCCAACGUGGUGUCGUUGGCUAGCGUGCCAGCCGGGCAGCCGAACCCCUAUGCCAACACCGCUCUGCAAGGAGCGGUUCCCACGACGCAGGCUAAGGUCACCGAACACGCCAGUACGCAGACCGAUGCCCUGCGGCCCCCCCCAGUGGCCCCCGUCCGUUUGCUGAAGAACAAGGCGUUGCUGUGCAAACCCAUGAGCCAGAACAAGGGCACCUCAUGCAAACCUCACACGCAGACUGCCGAGACGCAGACAGACGAGGUGGAGCCCAAGGUGAUCAUCCUACCCGUGCCUGUUCCUGUGCCCAUGUUUGUGCCCAUCCCGCUGCACCUCUACAGCCAGUACACGCCCUUUCCUCUGGGCCUGCCCAUCCCGCUGCCGGUGCCCAUGAUUCUGCCCACGACGCUGGACAGCGCUGAGCGCAUCAUGGAGACCAUCCAGGGCAUCAAGGAUAAGAUCCCAUCCGACCCAUACGAGGCCGACAUCAUCCUCAUGGCUGACAUGGUCGCCCAGGAGGAGGGCCAGGAAGUGGGGAAGAAGCCGGUCUCCCAUGGAGGUGAGGAAGAGCAGGAGGUGCAGCGAGACCAGGUCAACACCUACAGUGGGGAACUGGAGUCCGAGGCCGUGUCCCCCCUACACAGCUGGGAGGAUGAGUCUGUACCGCCCCCCCUGGCUCCUGCUCCCCCUGCUCCUGCACCCCCUGCUGAGCCCUCCUUCAGCCCAAUGCUCGAUCUGGAGGCUGACUUCCCCACCCAGUCAUUCGAUCCCUUGCUGGCGAAGGGGCGGGGUUCGAUAGCCACCAGGCACAGAGGUCGCAGGAGACCCCGGGAAGGUUUCCCUCCUCGCAAACGGGGACGCAAGCGUGCGGCCGCUGUGGUGGGGGCCGAUGUGUCUCGCAAAGCGAUGCCACCUGAUAGCGGUUCAAAGCUAUUGCACAUGUAUGGGGUUAAUGCCUGGAGGGCAUGGGUCCAGUGGAGGAACCAGCAGCCUGACUUGGAAAAGCCCAAAUUCGGCACUCGCACCACGGUGCUGAAGGAGGAUGUGCUGCAGUGCAGCACAACAGAGCUCAGCUUUGGCCUGUGCCGCUUCAUCAGUGAGGUGCGCCGCCCUGGUGGACAGCCGUAUAGCCCCGACAGCAUAUUCUACCUCUGCCUGGGUCUCCAGCAGUACCUGUUUGAAAAUGGGCGCAUGGAGAACAUCUUCACGGAUGUGUUCUACAGCAAAUUCAUCCUGGAGAUCACGAAGAUGCUGAGAGACUGGAGACCCACCAUCCUUCCCAGCGGCUACGUGCACUCGCGUGUGGAGGAGGAGUACCUGUGGGAGUGCAAGCAGCUGGGUGCGUACUCGCCCAUCGUGCUGCUCAACACGCUGCUCUUCUUCAGCACCAAGCUCUUCCGUCUGAAAAAUCUGGCCCAGCAUGGCCGCCUCUCCUUCGCCAGCGUUGUGCGCUGCACCCGCACCCUUAAGAACAACAGCAAGCGCAACUUCCUGCGCUUCUACCCACCGGUGCCCAGAAAGGACGGAGACAGCACAGACAAGGCGGUUCAAGGAAAGAGGAAGAUGGAGGAUGAGGAGGAAGAGGACGUGAUGGAGAUGCCGGAAAACACGGAGAACCCUCUGCGAUGUCCUGUCAGGCUCUAUGAAUUCUACCUCUCCAAGUGCUCGGACUCUGUGAAGCAGCGGACGGACGUCUUCUACCUGCAGCCCGAGCGCUCAUGCGUGCCCAACAGCCCCCUGUGGUACUCCUCCCAGCCACUGGAGGGCACCACCAUGGAAACCAUGCUCACGCGAAUCCUCACCGUCAGAGAAGUGCACCUGCAACGUGAGCAGGGGGAGGCGCCAGCACCGCUCUCUGACAAUGCCGCCUCUGAGUGACGGAGAGCAGGGCCAAGACUGUGCAGGAGGCAAAAUAAAGAGAAAAACACUUCAGAGACCAAUACAUAAUCACACACGCAGCAGUUUAUUUAUUCACAUUAACAUGAAGCCGCUGUGACGACACACCUGACAGCGUGAUGGUCCCCAACACAACCACUCAUAUUCUGAUCAUGGGUGUUUUUUUUUGUUUUUGUUUUUUUUUUAAGAAUGAGGGAGGGGUUUUUUUUACUGAAAGUUGGUUUUCAGGACUCCCAUCUCGGGGUGGAAGCUUACUAAAUGUCUGUCAGUUGGACCUAGCUGUGAGUUAUGGAUGAAUGGAUGGAUCUUAGUUGAAAAUCAGUGUUUUUGUAAAUUUGACCUGGUAUUUCCACAAACAGCAUUGCACAGUGCUGGGUGGCUUUGGAAUCUGCAUGAAUCUCUGGAUGAUGCUGCUGCUGUGGAGAACGAAUAUGGUAAUUAGCCCUUUUGUAGCCAUUGCCUUCUACAAAAUGAAAUGUGAAUUCAUGGCGGAUCCAAGUGGGAAAACGGGGAAGUAUUUAGGUUUAAUGGCUGAGCAUUAUAUCCAGCUGUGUCCAAUAGUUUUCCCACUGGGAUUCCAUUUUAUCACAGGAAAACGGUGAGAGUCACAGGUUGCAUUCUUGUACCAAGGUUGUCCUGCCCUUGGUUUUCACAACUUAACCCGUGUAAUAAAAUGGAAGAGAAUAGGCCAAGCCUGCCACAAUUCCAGCCCUCCUUGGACAGGAAUGAGCAGCACUGACGGUGCGAUUGUACGCACUACGUGCACGGCGGCUGCGAGCACGUGCGCAAAACGGCAGCGCGCCCUGUCGGUACUGCUCCUAGGAGAGUGCAUAUGCAUUAAGGUGGGACGGUGAGGUUGAAAACUUUUGUAAUUUUUUUACAUAUAUAAAACCGCAGUAUCAAAACCA